AUAGUUAAAGUAUCAUCAACAACUCAUACUUCACCUUCCUUCCUUUUUAAAUCAAAACUCAUCUCUUAUAAUUUCUAUAACACAAAAUAAUGGCCUAUAGAAUCCCAGUUUUGGUAAUAUUACCAGUCAUCGUGGCCGUGCUUCUCUACCAACUCGAUACCUUCGAUCCGGCUCCAUAUCCCGACCACGAGUUGACUCCAAAGCAGCCCCUGUUUGUGCCCAAGAGAAACAGUCACAUGCUUCAUGGCUCAGAAAAAAUCGGGGUUGGUCAGCUGCUGGGCCCUGAAGAUAUAGCUUAUGAUCCUAUCGCCGGAGUUAUAUACACCGGUUGUGCCGAUGGGUGGAUCAGCCGUGUUACGGUUAACGAGUCAGCAGCUGAGUCGAAGGUGGAGAGAUGGGUCAACACCGGUGGCAGACCACUUGGACUUGUUCGUGGACAUCAUGGUGAAGUCAUCGUAGCAGAUGCUGUAAAGGGGUUAAUAAAUGUGAGUCGAGAUGGUACGGUGAAGUUGCUGACCGAUGAGGCUGAAGGUCUAAAAUUUAAGCUAACCGAUGGUGUUGAUAUUAAUCUCGACGGCAUUCUCUACUUUACUGAUGCUUCUUAUAAAUACUCUCUCAACGAGUUUUUUUCGGAUCUUUUCGAGGGCAGACCCUAUGGCAGAUUCAUGAGUUAUGAUCCUUCCACCAAACAAACAAAAGUGCUGUUGCGGGACUUGUACUUUCCAAAUGGAGUUACAGUUUCACCUGAUCGGAAUUCUGUUAUAUUCUGCGAGACUAUCAUGAGAAGAUGUAAAAAGUACUACAUAGAAGGUGAGAAAAAAGGACAUGUGGAUACAUUUAUCGAAAAUUUGCCAGGAGUGCCGGACAAUAUUCGAUAUGAUGGAGAGGGGAAAUACUGGAUUGCUUUUCCCAUGGAAGUCACAUACUUUUGGACUUUGUCACAAAGGUAUGCUUUCACCCGUAAGGUGAUGGCGAUAACGCAGAAAUACAUAGGCCGAUCACCACUUCUCGAGAAGAAUGGAGGGAUUUUUGGUGUUGAUUUGGAUGGAAAGCCAAUUGCACACUAUUACGACUAUGAUCUAUCUCGAAUCACAUCCGGCAUCAAAAUUGGGGAGCAUUUGUAUUGUGGUGCCUUAGAAUUACCAUACAUCAUGCGCCUUAAUAUAAGUCAGUAUCCAGCAACAUGAUAUGGAGCAUGGUGGUUGGGUUAUUUGAUCGAUAGCAAGUUUCACCUUAAUAAUGCUAUGUAAAUAUUCUUUUCAAUGCUAAAUAUUACUGAAUCUUUGCUUCAACCUGUAAACUAAUUACUUUUGAUUGUACAAAAAGUGGAGGAGGAGGAGGAGACGACGAUGACGAAGAAGAAGAUGAA